GAUGGCGGAGAACUCGAAUGAACCUGGUACUUCUAAAGUAGAGCACACGGAAGAAGUGGGGGAAGAUGAGGUGGAGGAAGAAGAAGAAGAGUUUCUUCCUGGUUAUCAGACUAUGCAAGAAUACUCUGAGGCUCUGCUGAAGGAAGUGGUGAAGGCGACAAAGGCGGCCAACUCUCUCCCAGGGGAAGGAGAUGAUUUCGACUACUACUGCAGCUUCCCUGGCUUCCGAACCUUCUGCUCCAAGAUGGAGUCAAGGGUCACGCGGAGCAUCAGUCGAUUGAUUCGGCAUCAGUCGUUGCCGUGUUACUGGCCACCGCCUCCUGCCCAAGCUCCACCCACUUCAGGUCAGGGAGAGGAGGCGGGGCUUGUUGCCAUGGUAGAAGAGCGGAUGGAAGCCAUCAUUGAGGCCAACGAUGUCCUCUUAGAGAGAGUGGGAGUGUUGAUGGACGAGGCGUGUGGAUUGAGGAAGAAGAGGGAGGAGGAGGAGGCUGUUCUUCUGACCGCUCCACUCCACCAGGGGACGGCAGAAGUGGCCUCCUGGAACGACAUCAAGAGUUCUGGGAAGAAAAGCAAGUAUAGUUUCAUGGCGUCGCGGAAUGUGCCACGCCCCCAGGUCCGGUUCCGAGACCAGGUCGACAACGGUAACUCUGUCUUCGUUCCACUCCUCCGCAGCAAACCCAACGCCAGACAACCCCUCCCCAGCGUCUACCAGAGACUGCAGAACCCACAGUCACUGAAUGCUCUCAUAGCCAACACCAAGGAGUGGGCCCUCGUCAAGGAAAAGUACACACAUCCGUAUCGAUUUGAACUUGAGAAUUUCGUUCCCACUGAGGCCCAGCUCCAGCUACACGAAUCACAGGUCAGGCUCCGGGGAGUCUGGACGAGGUUCCGUAUCAGUUCAUCAGUGGAGAGGAAGAGUUGGAGUGUCUGGUGACCGAACUGUCUCAGUGUUCUGAGUUUGCCAUUGACCUGGAGAACCAUUCCUACAGAUCGUUUCAAGGGUUUGUGUGUCUGAUGCAAAUCUCGACUCGUAACCAUGACUACAUCAUCGACACCCUGGAAUUGCGACAUCUCAUGUAUCGCCUCCUUGACCCCUUCACUGACCCCCGCAUCGUGAAGGUGAUGCACGGAGCGGACUGGGACAUUCCGUGGCUACAGAGGGACUUUGGACUCUACGUGGUAAACCUGUUUGACACCGGUGUGGCGAGUCAUGUGCUGCAGCUGCCCAAACACUCGCUGGCCUUCCUCCUCCAGUACUGCUGUGGAGUGGAGGCUGACAAGCAGUACCAACUGGCCGACUGGAGAAUCAGGCCCCUCCCUGCGGAGAUGGAGAAAUAUGCACGUGAAGACACCCACUACCUCCUCUAUAUCUACGACAGGAUGAGGAACGAGCUGAUCAGACGGAAGAGAGAGAACCAGGACCCCCUGCGGACCACACUCAGCAGGAGCAAGGACGUUUGCCUCAAAACAUACCAGAAACCAACGUUUCGCGAAGACUCUUACUUGAGGCUGUACUACAAACACAAACGACACUUCAACUCGCAACAGCUCCACUGUCUGAAGUUGCUGUACAAAUGGAGGGAUCGCGUGGCUAGAGAUGAAGAUGAGAACACUGGCUACGUCCUCCCGAACCACAUGCUGUUCCAGAUAGCGGAGCAGCUGCCACGAGAGGCGCAGGGAGUCCUGGCCUGCUGCACCCCCGUCCCUCCUCUCCUCAGACAACAGCUGCAAGAGGUCUUUAUCCUGGUUCAGGAGGCCAGGGAAACACCUCCAACCCAGAAGCUACCGAAGUUGAGGGUUCCCGUGGAGACCACACCCCCUACCACACCCAUUUCCACGGCAAUCGAUGCACCACAGACACAAAACACGCCUCACUCUGAGCCAGUGGUGACUGUGGUGAACCCAAAGCCUCAUCUAGUGCAGUUGACUGGACCUCCAGUCGCCUCUGCUCCUACCUCCAUGUCUGCCAUUGAGAGGGCAGUUCCGGAAGUGAGUGAGCUAGUGAGGCAGCAGUUGAGGAAGAUUCAGAGCUCUUUCCCCGACAUCUUGUCUCAGUUCAUGGAGCCCUCCUCCACCUCUGCACCUCCACUUGCAGUUCCUCCACCUAUGGUGACCACUGCACCAGUGAUUACACCAGCCAAGGGACAGGAGAGAGGGUCAGCUGGUUGCAGUGGUGUGGAGGAGAGAGAGACUGCAACUCCUACUGACAGUUGUGCUCCAGUCUCUAACAUUGGUACACCCAACACGACAGUCCCACGUCAUACAACAGAGGGAGGAGGAGGAGCAAAGACGACAGCAAACGGAGGGAAAACGAAGAAGAAGAGGAAGGUCUCUGCCAGGGAACUGGGGAGAGGGGGCAAACGCCGUAAGGUGUCACCUCCAGAGGAGGGGGAACUGCGGGACGAGGAGGAGGAGGAGGAGGGGAGAGGGGCGGGGAAGAAGAUAAUAAAGUUGACAGAGAAAGACUUCAAGGAGGAUGAAUUUACUCCGUUUAGCUAUGGCGGAGUUGACUUUGCUGACUACACUAAAGCAACCCCUGAUCCAGCCCAUCCCCCACUGGUGGUGUUCCGGCCUCAGUCAGCCAGUGGAGGGAAGAAAGGAAGGGGCGGGGCAAGGUCAAAGGUCAUCAUGAGAUCAGGCGAUAAGUCACUGACACACAGUGACACUACCAGACAUCAGACCCACUCCCAACGUUUAUGGCCAAAAGGGAAUUGAAAAACGUUCACAUUAUCUUAUACAAAAUGUAUACACCAGCUUUAUAAAAAUA